AUGACCAAAGAACGCAGUCACAGCCUCCAAUGGCCCCUCACCCCUCCCGAUUCUGAUUCCUCCGAUCCUCAACCCCCCAAAGACGUCUCAUCCGUCGUAACAGCAAUCCAUGUGAUCUCAACAGAGCGCGCAGCCCUCGCCCACCUCGAACACAUCUACCAAACCGACGCGCGAGCCCAGCACGACCUCGCCCGCGCCGUCGAGCAGAUUGCGCGCAGCGUGCGCGAUGGCGGCAAAUUGGUUGUCUGCGGGGUUGGCAAGAGCGGCAAGGUCGCGCGCAAGAUCGAGGCCACAAUGAAUAGUCUGGGGGUGUACAGCGCGUUCCUGCAUCCGACCGAGGCUUUGCAUGGGGAUCUGGGAUUGGUUCGGCCGAAUGAUACGAUUCUUUUAAUUUCUUUUUCGGGGCGUUCGCCUGAGCUGCUUUUGCUGCUUCCGCAUCUGCCUGCUACUGUGCCUGUCAUCGCCCUGACGUCUCAUAUACAUCCCGCCGCAUGUCCGUUGCUGGCUUUGCACGGGCCGUCGGGGAUGGGGAUUUUGCUGCCUGCGCCCAUCCAUGAGGAUGAGGAUACCUCGUUUGGGGUUAGUGCGCCUACUUCAUCGACGACGGUGGCUUUGUCGCUGGGCGAUGCGUUGGCCAUUGCUACGGCGCGCAAGCUGCACACUGCAUCUGGGAAGACUCCCGCAGAGGUCUUCCGGGGAUUUCAUCCUGGUGGUGCUAUUGGGGCUGCUGCUGCGGGUACGCCAUUGACAACGCCUUCCAGUGGUAUGUCGACAAUGUUUGACUCGCCGGCUUCGUCUGUUUCGCUUCCUUGGGAGGAUAUAGGGGGUUCGUCGAUAAUUCCUCCUUUCAAUCUUCAAUCACCGCAUGCGCAGCAACAGAUAUCGUUGGAUAUGUUAGUGCCGCUUGAUCAUAUUCCUACGGCCUCGUCGUCUUCGUCUGGUGAUCUGCGGUUACUCGAUAUCCUCCUCACAGCUAUCCAGCAUCCUAAUGCCAAAUCAUGGGUGUUCUUGUCACCGGAUGAAAUCAUUCCUCCUCGGCAGACUCGCUCUUUACUGUCGCCUAGUGGGAAUAUGGAUAUGCGUGUGUCUGACGUGACGACUGAGGACUCUAAUACUCCAUUUGCUAUCCACCGAAGCAAGUGGCUCCUUGUUCCAGACUCGACACCACUCACAGACCUCCGACACAAAAUAUGUGCGUCUCAAAAUGGACCACACCCGAUCUCUGUGGUCGCUGUGGUGAAAGACAUGAAAUACCCCGAUAGCUGUAUCGGAGUAAUGGAGGCCGAAGAUCUUCUGGAUGCAUGA